UCCCACCUUGACCAACGUCUUCUCAUGAGCAUCGCGUCCAUCUCCUCUACCAACAACACCUUCAUCUCCGACGAGCGACAAUCUGCUUCUUGCGUGCAACAUCAACAAUUUGUUGCUUUCACCCAAGCAUCUCAAGGUCCACUUGCUUUGAUAAAGAGGACUUAUAAUCCUCCUAAUCCGAAACAGAGUAUCCCAAAGAAGACGAAAGAAUUAUUGAUGGAAAUGAGUAACAUGGCAGCAAACGUCACUCGAAAUCCUCAACAAUCAGAAUCAGAUUCAAGGACAAGGGAGGAGAUUGGGAUAAAUUGUAUUGAGAAGGUACUUGCGGUGAAAAAGGGCUACAGAAAUCUAUUGAACGGUGUGGAUGUUGUCCCUGUUAAACAAAAAGGUAAGAGAAACUUGACCAUUCGGUCUACUGAAAAUGGUGUGGUAAGUUUACUUGAUGGAUUCCACUGUUUAAUUAUUUGA